AGCUUCACACCUGUGCGCUCAUCUUUAAUCAUGAGAAAACGCUCGCGAGUCCCUCCGGGCGCCAGUGGAUCCCGCGCGGACGCAGGUAAGUGAAACUCACCUGGAUCAAGCUGUGUUGACAGACUAUUGAUGCGUAGCUGAUACUGAUACUUUAGAAACGAGCUAAAGCGGCUUUAAAAGUGAUUUUAAGUUUUUCAUGAACAUGUGACGGUACAGGUUUGUUAAUCGACACACCUUUCAGGAUGUUGUGUUUAUACGCCUUUUUGUUGGAGUGUUUUAAAUGGCGAUAAACCUUCUACAAAGUGUGUGUUAAACUGCUUCAAUCUUCCGUCUGUUAAUCGGGUCUUUUAGAUUUUAUUUGUCACGUUUUUAUAAUUACAAUCAAAGAUAAAACUUAAAAGUUAUUGCAGGUGAACGUAGAUUUGUCAUUUUAGGCAAUAUAAAGGGGUUUAACCAAAUAAUUUACAUGAUAGAGGAGGAAAUAUACAUGCAAAAAGUAAUCUCGACCCUCUCCUGAAUAAAAGUGUUUUUUUCCCCUAAUGUCAGGUUGUCAAACUAGUUUAUCCACAUUGAAUACACCCUCAGUUCAGCCUCUGUUUGUUCAUCCAGUCAGGGCCAAAGAAACAACAGCUUCAAGUCUGCGCCCACGUUAUAGAGAAUACUUCUACUUCUGUGUAUUGUGUGCCAGAUUACCAAGGGUUUUUUGGGGUCUUACAACUUGAAAACCUCUGACUGGAUGUUCCUUAGAGACCGUGUUAUUCUAGCCUCAGUGUUUCGCUCUUGUCUUUCAGCAGUGUGGAGCAGCAGCCAGGAUGAUCCCAGUGGGUGAAUUCAGAAACCUUGGCACAGAGCAGAACUCAAAGUUUCGGGUCCUGAAGCCAUGGUGGGAUGUUUUCUCAGAGUACCUGUGCGUCGCCAUGCUCAUGAUUGGAGUCUUUGGGUGCACCUUGCAGGUGAGGCACUAAGGAGCUACGUUUUGAACAUUUUUCAUUAAUAUAGAUGUAGAAACACAACUAGAACUUACCUUAUAAUGACCCAAGAGAGAAAAAGCAGCAUCAAUUGUGUGAUUGUAGUUUCCUCUCUGUCUAAAGACACAACUGACCUCAAUGCAAGUCAACAUCACAGACUUUUUAACUGAGCUGACUUGUCUCUCUUGACCCACUUACUACAAAUUCAAAUCACUAACUUGCUCCACAUUGUGUCCCUCACUGCUUGAUUUGCAUAUUUAUAAAGCACAAAAAGAAAGCAAAGGGAUUAAUAUGUAAUCUUUCAUAGGGAUAAAUAAGUGCUGUUACUUUUACCCUUGUCAGACACAGUCCACUCUGAAAUAUAGCAAAACAUAUUUAUAACCAGAAAAAAGUGAAACUCUUGUUGAAAGACAUUCUAAUGAACAUAAGUGAAUAAGCUGUGAAUAAGCUGUUUAAAUUGAGAAUGCUAUACAUAUAGUACAAGAAGUACGAAUAUUUAAGCCAAAGCAUUAAUUAAGUGUGGCAAUGAUCAUGUGUUUCCUUGUAAUCAUCAAAAGACAAAAAAGCAGACCUGUCACUUUGAUAAAACACUCAGGGUGGCAAUGUCAGACUGAGUUAUGAUCUUGUACUGAUUUGUUUCAGCUUGUAUGUGGUAUAAAUGUUGGGAACAGGAAGCUCUGAUCAACAGCUGGUAACAAACUGUUUGUCGAAAUAGCCUGAAUGCCCAAUCUACCUUUUAAUAAAGUUGUAAGAUAUAACAGGAAAGUAUUAACUAAUCGAUCUUAGUGAAAACGACAUGUUAGAUUAUAGGGAUAUUAAGGGAUAUUAAAAUUAAUUUAGGGUCAAACACACCGUGACACCGAGUUAGACACCCCAUCCAGAGAUGAAUGUUGCAGACAACUUACUUCUCUAGUUUUACCAACUUUAGUAACGACCGCAGGAUAGCAACACACAGCGGUCUGAGGAGCCAUAAACAAACCUAAACCAAAACGCCACUCUAUAGCCACAAAUAAUGUUCAGAACAGCACCUAACUUCAUCAACAGUACAUCUAGGGUCCUAGCCAUAGCACUAGCCACCAAACAUCUUUUUAACUCUGCCUGAUUUCUUCAACAAAGAGACUAAACACAACUCACCCACUCUCCUCCAGCAGCCACUUUUUCGGGCCAGUCCAUUACAGACUGCUGUGGGGUGAUGCAGCUCAAGGAAGAACAUUUAUGAUCAUUCGUCGUUACUAAAGUUGGUAUAACUAGAGAAGCAAGCAGUCGGCAACAUUCAUUUCUCAAGGGGGAGUCUAACUCUGUGUUACGGUGUGUUUGACGCUAAAUUAGUUUUACGCCGGAAUAUCCCUUUAACACUAGCUUCCAUCAGUUAACCACUUCCUUGCUAGCAUUACCUUUGCUAUUGUUGUAUGAAACGUAUACCUUAGCGUUCAGCCCCUCCCAUUUUGUUUAUUUAACUCUUAAUAUGAGAAAGUUACUUAACAAUUAUAUUGAACUCUGUACCAAAGAAAAAUGCUGUGAUACAGUAAAAGUGGGGCUCUUGUCAUGGUUUUUAUAAAAUACCUAAUUAUUUGUUGUGUGUAUGAUGACACACUUUUAAACAUUUUUACUAUUUUUCUUUCAACAGCUCACACAAGACAAGAUUGCCUGUCUGCCGAGCCAUUUCACCAGCCCGACACCUGAAGCCAUUGACUGUAGUCACAUCAGGACCUACAGGCAAAACGAGACAUCACAUCCCACAGCGGCCACACCCGCGAAGCCCAUCAUCCAGGAAGUGGUUGGACGCAAGAACAAUCUGGACAUCCACCAAUAUGUGUUUGUCAACCACCACUGCUACGAGAGGUUCGUCCACUGGUUCGCAAAGUUCUUCCCAUACCUGGUGGUGAUCCACACUACGGUCUUCAUGGUCGCAAGCAGCUUUUGGUUCAAGUUCCCAGGGACUUCUUCUAAAAUCGACCUCUUUGUUACCAUCCUUGGGAAGUGCUUCGAUUCACCGUGGACCACAAGGGCCCUGAGCGAGGUUUCUGAGGAGCGAGGGGAGGAAAAAUUGGUCAGCUGGAGGAGAAACACCAUGUCAAAAGAUGCCACAGAACGAAAAACAGACAAUGAGGAGACCACCGGUCUUCUUCUUCGAUCCUCUUCAGUCAAAUCCAAUCCAGAUAAGAAAGCUCCGGAGUCUCAGUCAGCUCCCUCAGUGUUGGACAAGAAGGAGGGCGAACAGGCCAAAGCUUUGUUUGAAAAAGUGAAGAAGUUCAGGACUCAUGUCGAGGAAGCAGACAUCCUGCGUAUCAUGUAUGUUCUUCAGACAUCCCUGAAAGUCUUCAAGUUUCUUUUAAUCAUCGUCUAUACUUCAGUGCUUGUUCCAAACAUUGAGAUUGUGGUUCGAUGUUACGUUCCUCCAGAGCUGACUGGGUUUGAUAUCUACUGCUGUAACCACAACAAAGCCCAUCUUUUUUCGAAACUUGCCUACUGCUACAUCUUUUUUGUGGGAGUGUACGGAGUUCUUUGCAUCUACACCCUCUACUGGCUGUUUCACAGACCGCUGAACGAGUACUCCUUCGACCAUGUCAGACUGGAGACAGGAAUUAAUGACAUCCCGGACGUCAAGAAUGACUUUGCGUUCCUCCUGCACCUCGUGGACCAGUAUGAUGCUCUUUACUCCAAAAGGUUUGCAGUCUUUCUCUCAGAGGUGAGCGAGAGCCGUCUUCAUCAGCUCAACCUCAACUACGAGUGGACUCCCAAAAAGCUACGUACCCGUCUUGCCAAGAACAGCAGCAACCGGUUGGAGCUCCACUUGUUAAUGUUGCCAGGACUUCCUGACACGGUCUUUGAGAUUCCCGAAAUGGAAUCACUCAAACUGGAGCAGGUUAAAAAUGUGAUCAUUCCAGCUGCCGUAGCAAAACUAGAAUCUUUGAAGGAGUUAUCGCUGAUCUACUGCCCCACCAAGCUUCAACUACCUGCCCUGAACCACCUCAAAGAACAUUUGAAGAUCCUUCGUUUAGCUUUUGAAAGUCUGGAUGAGGUUCCAAUGUGGAUGUACACACUGCACGGCCUGGAAGAGUUAUACCUGAAUGGUCCUUUAACAAAUGAGGUGUCCAAAAGUGCUUCUCUGGACUCUCUUCGAGAGCUCAGAGCUCUGAGGGUUCUGACUCUCCACUCCAGCCUCUCUAAGAUCCCACCCACCAUAGUAGAUGUUGCAUUACAGCUGCAGCGGUUGAGCAUCAAUAAUGACGGCAUCAAGCUCCAGGCGUUCAGCACCCUGAAGAAGCUGACCAGCUUAACCUCUUUGGAGUUAGCUGGCUGUGGGUUGGAGCGUAUCCCAAGUGCUGUCUUCAGCCUGGACAACCUGCAGGAGUUGGACCUGAAAGACAACAAACUCACCACAGUCGAGGAGAUCCUGAGCUUACAGCACUGCCGCCGUUUAGUCUCUCUCAAACUGUGGCACAACAAAAUCACCUACAUCCCCGAUCACAUCAGUAAGCUGCACACUCUUGAGACGUUGGACACCAGCUGGAACAAGCUCCGAAAGCUCCCUUCCAGGUUGUUUCAUUGCACCACACUCAGGCACCUGGAUGUCUCCCACAACCAGCUCACCUCUCUUCCUCCUGAGAUUGGCAUCCUCCAAAGCCUCCAGUGUUUCUCUGCUGCUUUCAACUCCUUGGAGAUGCUUCCAGAGGAGCUUUUCUCCUGUAAAAGGCUAAAGACGCUGAUUCUUGGAAACAACUGUUUGUCGUAUCUCAGUCCGAGAGUUUCCAACCUGGCCCAGCUGGUGCGACUGGAGAUCAAAGGGAACCGUCUCGAAGCUCUGCCCCAUGAGAUUGGGGACUGUCCCCUGCUGACUGUCAGUGGACUGAUAGUCGAUGACAGCCUUCUGGAUUUACUGCCGUCAGCUGUACGAAGCAGGCUGAGUAAUAACUGA